GGACAUAUCCUACACAGUGCCCACAUCUCCACACGCGCUCGCCCGCCAUGCUCGUCUCCCUCACCGUCGGCAAGGUCGACGCGGGCGUCGCUGUGCUCCUGACCGAAGACAAACGCCUCAUCGAAUUCCCCUCCAUCCUGCUCCCGCCCGACAUCUCCUCCGGGAGCAUCGUGGACAUCGAGGUCACCCGCAACGCCGAGAAGGAGUCGGACGAGGCCGCCAAGUUCCACGCGCUCCAGUCCAACAUCUUCCGCACCUUUGGCCAGCGCGAGCCCACGCCGCCCGUCCUGCGCUGCCGCAAUGCCACCCAGACCUCGGUCGUCCUCGAGUGGGACCCCAUAGACAUCGCCACGGCAGAGCUCCGGAGCUUGACUCUGUACAGAAAUGGCAGCAAGGCGGGGACCAUACCCAGGCCCACCGAGGUGCACAGCACCAAGCUCAGCGGACUGGCAGUCGACACUGAAUACGUCUUCCACUUGGUGCUGAGAACCAGCGCGGGCACAUUCAGCAGCGACAAGCUAAAGGUGCAGACACACAAGAUGACAGAUCUGUCCGGUAUCACCAUCACCCCUGGCCAUAUGCCCGCUGCGCUCCGCGAGUCUCUGCAAAGGGACGUUGAGGAAAUUGGCGCUAAGCUCGUAGACGCGGUGAGGAUUGACACCACGCAUUUUGUGUGCACAGAAGGAAGGGGCCCCGCGUGGGAGAAGGCCGUGGAGAACAACAUCCCAGUCGUGGUGCCAGACUGGGUGAAGGGCUGCAAGCGGGACGGAAGAAUUGUGGGCGUGCGAGGCUACUACCUGAACGCGGAUCCGCGAUUACGAUCAGUGGGCGGAGGAGCCAGUCAGUCACAUUCGUCGCAACAACAGCAAGCACCCAGCUCAGUUACCAGCCCGAGAACGGAGAUCACACCGCCGACGCCAGACAGACCAAGGCACGAGCCGGAUAAUGAUAACUCGGCACCCCCGCCGCCCCCGCCAAAGGACGUCGAAGAGAAGCGCGAAGUCUCGCCCUCGCCGUCCGCGUCGCCAGAACCCAAAGUCGCAACGGAUGAGCAGAAAGUGCGAACAGAGGAUCUAAAGCCGACCGCAGACGAGUCAGAAGACGACAGCGAGGACGACGGGCACGCGAGUAGCAACGAGAAGGCAGUCGAGGCGGGUCUGCCGUCGAGAGAAAAGCAGCCGCCGCCGCCCACGGCGGAAGACGAUGACGAUGACCAGGCCGGCUUUCAGGACGUCCAGCUGUAGUGGGGCUGUCCGAUGGCGCAGAUGCGGACGGCGGCGCCGCCUAGGGUGGUUGUUGACAUUUAGCGAUAGGCGCUGGAAGUAUAUCAUCAAGCGGGUUCAUGAUUGAUGUUAAUGUCUUGUAAUCCUGAGCCGCGCCGGCACACGAGCAUCGCGUGAGACUGCUCUGCCGCGCUCGUGCUAAUGCAAGCCUUCU